AACAAACUGGCGCUAGUUUAAAGCGGUUUGUUCGGAGUGACGCAAUGUUGAUCAUCAUCACUCUUCUUUCUUAUCAUCAUCAGACAUUAACGCACGUAACGACUUAACUCGCCCCGCAUCUCUAUCUUCUUUUCUCUUUCUCUCUUCCUUUCUCUCGAUUUCUUUUUCUUUGAUUGUUGUAUCGGGUUGAUUAGAUUUUGAUGCGCCUACUACGAAUACUAUUGUCGAAUCUCGUUCGCUCACCGAGUAAACGCGAGUACGCGCACGUUCACGACGUGCAGAUUAAGUGGGACGGUGUGCUGAGUGUUAAGGAGGGUGGGAAGGGGUCUUCUUCUUCUUCUGCGAAUAUGGCGCUGAAUGUUUUCAAGCAACCCCUCGCACUACACUCGACUCAACCGCUAACGGGCUUCACGCGGACCGGAUACUGCGAGGUGCCGCCGUCGGAUGCGGGUAACCAUGCCAUUGCGGGCAUCGUUUCAAAAGAGUUUCUGGACUUUUCGGCGGCCCGUGGGAAUGAUUUGCGCCAGGUGGGGCUGACGGAUGGCUGCAAGUGGUGUUUGUGUGUGAGUCGCUGGAAAGAGGCGUUUGAUGCGCGGACGGGGCUGGAUGAUAAGAAGGUGCCCAAGGUUGUGCUCAAGGCUACGAAUGAGAAGGCGUUGAGGGGGUUGGCGAUGGAGGACUUGAAGAAGUUUGCGGUUGAUGCGGAGUAGAAUGGUGGGGGUUGAUGAAAUUGGUAUUGGGUAUACCCUACGACCUAGACUGAACAUUACGAAACUCUUAUGGCUACGUUCACAUCACUCUUUUUUCUUCUCCUGUAUAUUCAAAAACUCUCUUGCUUUCCUUUGAUAGUAAGCUCCAUAUCCUCUCCCUACCUCAACAUUCUUUAUUAGUCCUCUGACUACCUGAUGAUCACAUGUAUAUCUGUACAAAAUCGACCCAACACAUAAUCUCCAUACUUCUAUUCCACACAGCCCAUAAUAGUAAGAAACUUAUACCUCUUAGUUCUGGAAUAUACACAACAUAU